AAUGUGAUGCAACUAUACACAAACUACACACUGUACAGUUUGAACUCUUAUCCGGAAACAUCAUGACGCGUUUAAACAGUUUGUUUAAAACUCAACACUGAAUAUUCCAUAUAUCAGAUAUCAUAACAGAACAGGUGGAUGAACCGGCUCGACCAACCCUCAAACUGUUGAAUACGAAAUCAACCACUCGACCCAACGUGUUUGCACCACAUGCGUAGCGUAAUAUAAAACGUUUCAUAGAACUAAUAAAUUAAGGAAUAUGUGAGACAUAAAAAAGCAGGGAUAUUUGGAAUACUGGUCUCCAUCACUGAACCAUCGUUUUCACGUUUUCUCAAUGCACGUCUCGCAGGAGUAACUCUGAGAACGGAAGAUGGUCUUAAACAAACUGAAACCUCGUCGUCACCGCUAUGCGAUUCUGCUCCUGAGCUGCACGAUCCUCAUGUGCGUGUACUUUGAAAACUCGUGGAAGCUUUUGACCCAGAAAUAUCAUGUGUCCGAGCACAUUGCCUGCGUAGCGUGCGCUCCGAAGCGCAAGGGCACAGAAUGGUUCUUCGCGCGUUACGCACCGACAGUCCAUCUUUUGCUCAACAGCAGCAACAGCAUGUUAAGCAAAGACGUCUCGAGUUGGUGGACGAGACUACAAAAGGUAAAACGUAAUGCCAACUACACAACCGUGGUGAGGAACCUGUUCCCGCUCUUCCCAGAUCAAGAUCCAAACCGCUGCAGAACCUGUGCUGUUGUCGGGAACUCAGGAAACCUUCUGGGAUCGCGAUAUGGACCUCUCAUAGAUUCCAAAGACUGUGUCAUGAGGAUCAAUAAAGGUCCCACAGAAGGUUUUGAAGAGGAUGUGGGUUCAAAUACCACUCAUCGGAUUUUAUACCCUGAGAGCGUCAUGGAUUUGGACAACUCCACCCAUCUGGUGUUUUUUCCUUUUAAGAUUUUGGACAUUGAGUGGCUUAUCAGUGCCUUCACCACUAAAGACAUCAACGAAACAUAUAUGAACGUUCCAUCGACAAUAAACGCCAAUAAGGACAAGGUGAUGAUACUUCACCCAGAGUUUAUGAAAUAUGUCCAUAAGAACUGGACACAGUUUCAUGGCAGAUAUCCGUCUUCUGGUUUCCUAACGGUGAUAUUUGCUCUGCACAUCUGUGAUGAGGUUCAUGUUUUUGGGUUUGGAGCUACAAAAGAUGGAAACUGGCAUCAUUAUUUUGACAAAACAUUGACUCCAGUUGCUAAUGAAAGUCAUUCGGGAGACAUUGAAUAUGAAACAAUCAUUCGACUUCACCGGGAAAAAAAUCUUUUAAUGUACAAGGGUUGGACAUGAAGCAAGUCGCAUUUCAGAGACGUUCCUUAAAGAUGUCAUUGUUGUACAAUACCAAAUUGCACUAUUGAGAAACAUGAUGGAUGGUUGGAGUGUCCAAUCAGAAUAAAGUAUUCCAGAGAGCCAGAGUAAUAUACUGUCAAGCUAAAUUAUGCUAUACAUUCUCAAGGAACUUUUAUUAUAAAUGCACCUCCCACAAGAAAAUUCAAGACGUGCCACUGACAUAAAACAAUCUGAAACUUGAAUCUGAGAAUUGAACAAAACAUAUUAAACUAUACAAUAACAAUGGUUAAUAUUUUUUUGAGGUUUAAUAACACAGAACUUAUGAUAAAUGAAUGUAUUUUAUUAAAUUUCAUAAAACUGGGCCCCCCUCCAGCACCAGGACGGGCCCCCCAGUUAAACCUCUGGGUUAAAUUAACCUAGAAUUUGUUUAUGUUUGACCAAAUAAUGGGUUGAAACAACCCAGCAUAAAUAACAAACCAUUUCGUUUUUCUCUUUUUGACCCAACGUUGGGUCUUUAAAUUAACCUAGUAUUUAUUAGAGUGCAUUGGAUAAAUACAUUUGUCACCCAGUAUAUUGUGCAGGCAAUUUGUUCAGUGCUGUAUUGUUUGGGAUUAUUAUUUCAUUAAUUAUUUAACUUUUGUAGAAUAAUAAAGUCACUCCCUUUUCUUA